AGUGUUUCAGUGUUAAUGUGAAUCCGCGUUAAUUGAUCCUGCUCGUCGUCCGGUCUCUCCAUCCUUUCUCCUCCUUCUGCAAUGCUCACAAAGGCGUUUUGUGUACUAGGUCUGGCCGCCCUGACUCUGGCCCGCAGUUUCGCCCUCCCACCCCAUCGAUCUUUUGGCGUUGUCGGCGAGAAUGCGACCUUCGACUACGUAGUCAUCGGUGGAGGAACGGCGGGGCUGGUGAUGGCAGCGCGACUAUCCCAGAGUGGGCAAUCGGUGGCGAUCGUCGAAGCAGGGGGCUUCUAUGAGCAAGACGUAGGCAAUAUCAGCACGAUCCCCUCCAACUCGGUCUGGUAUGCUGGCGCUGCCCCCAAUGACACCAACCCCGCCAUUGACUGGGGGUUCGUCACCACUCCACAAGCUGGGUUGGCGAAUCGCCGGCUACACUACGCACGCGGGAAAUGCCUCGGGGGAAGCUCGGCCCGGAAUUAUUUCACGUACAUGCGCGCCACGCGUCAAGCAUACGAGAAGUGGGCCCAGGAGGUGGGCGACACUGAGUACUCGCUGGAGCGGUUUGCGCCACACAUGCAGCGCGCGAUACGCUUUACCCCUGCCGACAACCAACAACGCGCCCCCAAUGCCUCCGUUCCCAAUGCCGGGGCGGGGUUUGCAGCGAGUGACGGUCCUCUGCAGGUGUCCAUCCCUCCCUGGGCCAAUCCAUUCUCGUCCUUUGUCAAGCGUGCGUGGGAACAGCUGGGAAUUGGCCCCAUCCGCGACUUCGUAACGGGCAGUCUCUUCGGCGUGCAGUACAACAUGAACACCAUUGACCCAGCAGACCAGUCGCGGAGCUCGUCCGAAUCCGCCUUCCUGCACCUAACCCUAACCAGCGGCGUCUCGCGAGUGUACAACCAUACCCUGGCCCACCGCAUUCUCUUCGACGGGACCACUGCCACCGGCGUGCUGGUCGAGACCGAUGGGGUCGAGUAUGUUCUCUCCGCACGCCAAGAGGUGAUCCUUUCAGCCGGUAGCUUCCAAUCCCCUCAGCUGCUAAUGCUCUCCGGCAUCGGCCCCGCCGCGACCUUGCAAGAGCACCACAUCCCCCUCGUCGUGCCUCUCCCCGGCGUGGGCCAGAAUAUGUGGGACCACCUGCUGUUCGGCCUCAGCUAUCGCGUCACGCCGCUUACACACUCUGCGCUGAGCAGCAUCAAAGGAGACGUCCUCACAGCCGCAACGGCAGCCUACUACACCAACCAGACGGGACUCCUCACCAACCCCGGCGGGGAUCUGGUCGCCUGGGAGAAGCUGCCGGCUGCGGAGCGCGCCGCCGGGCUCAGCGUUGACACGCAGGCCGCGCUCGCGCAGUUCCCCGCCGACUGGCCGGAGCUGGAGUACCUGGUGCUAGAUGCGUACAGCGGCGACAACCAGAACUAUAUCACGGCGAUCCCGCCGGGCGAUGACCCCGCGCGCAGCUUCAUGUACGCCUCGCCCAGCGCCGUGCUGGUCGCCCCGCUCAGCCGCGGCGCCGUCACCCUCGCCUCGUCCAACGCCGCCGACCCCCCGCGCAUCGACCCCAACUGGCUCACUCACCCCGCCGAUCAGGAGCUGGCCGUCGCCGCGUUCCGUCGCCUGCGCGCCAUGAUGGCGACGGAGGAGAUGCAGGCCGUCACCGUCGCCGAGGUGUAUCCCGGCGCCAACAUGACCACCGACGCUCAGAUCCUCGACCUCAUCCGCGGCAACGCCAUCAUGACCUUCCAUGCCGCUUGUACCUGCAAGAUGGGCCGUCGCGACGAUCCCAUGGCGGUCGUCGAUGCCCAGGCCCGCGUGUUUGGCACGCAGCGGUUGCGAGUCGUCGAUGCCUCGGCUAUGCCCUUCCUGCCCCCGGGGCAUCCGCAGGCUACGAUUUAUGGCCUCGCGGAGAAAAUUGCAGAUGAUAUCAUCCGCGCGAAUUCUGUGUCAGCGGAUAUACUAGACACACACAUGGCCGAUGGAGAGUGACAUGGAGGCGGUUAAUUGGAGUGUAUAGCACAGCAGACAGUCCUACUUAAUGUAAAUAUGAUCACGCAGCACGAUUCAAAAUGAAACACCCAAAGUCCGU